AUGGAUGCGAUGUCGCCAUACUAUAUUCACGCCUCUGAUAGUCCGGGGCAUAUGCACGUUGGAGAACCUCUCAAUGAGAGUAACUACAAUGAGUGGGUGAAUGAUAUGAGAGAUGUGCUCUUUGCCAAGAACAAAAUUGGGUUUGUUGACGGAACGAUCGCGAAGCCACCGGCAGACUCUACAGAUCUGAAUCACUGGAUGCGAUGUGAUGCUAUGGUGAAAGGGUGGUUAAAGAGCGCCAUGAAUAAAGAACUCAGGAGUACUGUUCGCUACUCAAAAACUGCCCAGGAUAUAUGGGUCGAAUUGAAAGAAAGAUUUGGCAAGAGCAGUGCACCAAGGGCUUACGAACUUCGACGAGCUGUCUCUCACACGAGACAAGACAAACAAUCUGUACCCGUGUACUUCACCAAGUUGAAGAAGUCUUGGGAUGAGAUCGACUCGAUUACACCGUGGCCAAAAUGCUCGUGUGGAGGGUGCAAGUGUGAUUUACAUAAGCAGCUACUAGAGAUGAAAGAGAGAGAACGUCUCUAUGAAUUUCUCAUGGGAUUAGAUGAUGUGUAUGCAACAAUCAAAACUCACAUCUUGAGCAUGAAUCCAUUGCCAAAACUUGGAACUGCGUACCAUCUCGUUGCUGAAGAUGAACAGCAAAAACUGAUCUCGGCUACACAGUCACCAUCGUUGGAGGUUGCGGCAUUCCAGGUUCAUCAUGAUCGUAAGAAGGAAAAGCCAAGGUGUGCACAUUGCAAUAAACUUGGCCACACCCAAGAGAAGUGUUACGACUUGGUUGGGUAUCCUAGUGAUUGGAAGAAAACUGGCCGGGACAGGCGAGAUAGACGAGGAACACCAAGGGCAGCCCAAGUCAGCGAAGGAGAAAGCCCAGUGCCUGGGCUCUCGCUUGAUCAAUAUACGGCGCUUAUGCAGCAGCUGAAUUUGCAGAUCAAAGCCACUAAGUCAAGUAACGACCAACCAAUAGCUAAUAUGGCAGGACUUGAGUUCGAGGACCGUGAUUGGUGUGGGUAG